GCUGGAGAAUGUGAAGCAGAUGGAGCAUUUGAAACCCUAGUUUUCGGCUAGUUUCGUCAGGGAAACUCAGGCUUGAGGACAACGCACAUCGUACUUCCGAAUCCUGCUGUGACUUGGGUCUGUUCGCCAUGGAUCGGCGUGGAUAUCCGCCGGGCCCGGCGGGUUGGGAUCCUAAUGCGUCGAACGUACCACCCAUGGACCAGCGAUUUAACCAGCCGCCGCCUUCGCAGCACUUUCUACCUCCUCAGCAGCAGCAGCAGCAGCAACAGCAUCAGCAGCAGCAGCCGCCACCACAGCAGCAGCAGCAGUUUCAGCAGCAACCCUCGUAUCCCCCGUACAAUCCGCCUCAGAUCCCGCCGUAUAACGAGCCUCCCCGCGCUUACACCCAGGGUCCACCUCCCUCGUACGGCGGAGGCCCUCCGCCGCCGUCUUAUAACGAGCCGCCGUCUCAGCCUUAUAACGCGCCGCCGCCGCAGUAUCAGUCUUAUGGGGGGGGCGCCCCUCCCCCGUACGGCGCCGCGCCUCCUCCCCAGCAGCAGCAGAGUUACAGCCCGCAUCCGCCUGCAUAUGGCGGGCCGCCUCCCGCGUACCCCCCGCCGCAGCAGCAUCAGCAGCCGCCGCCGCAUCUGCCGCCGCAGCAGCCGCCGGCCGGCUACGCACCUCCGCCGUGGCAGGCGCAGGGACCGCCGCCAGCUCAGGGGCAGUAUCCGCCAGCUCAGCAGAUGCCAGGUGGCAUGCGGCCGCCUGAGGGCCGAUCCGAUCCGUCCGCGGCGGCGCCGUGGAAGCAGCGGCAGCAGCAGCAGCAGCCAGAGGAGGAUAGAUCUCGUGACAAGGACGACCGCUCUCGCGACCGCGACCGCGACCGCGAUCGGGAUCGGGAUCGCGACCGUGAUCGCGACCAUCGCGAAUCUUCGUCAAAGCCUUCGCUGAACCGUUACCCGCCGCCGCAGAGUCUCUACAGCGAUCCGCUGAAGCCUCCCCCCAGCUCCAUCUACGAAGACGAGUCUCCUCGCGGGGGAUCCAAGUCGAAGCUCAAGGUCGAAAUGGUGAUGGGGAAAGCGGCCGGUGCGGACGCUAAGACUGGCGCUCCCGCUUCUGCGAUGACUCAGAUCCUCGCGGCUAGGUCCGCCGUGUCUGCGCUUCUCGCAGCGACGAACCCGCAGCUGGCGGCGGCGCAGCAGCGCGCGGCCGCGGUUUCCGCCGCGAUUACCGGCUCGACGGGACCCGGCGGUACGAGUUCCGCCGCGGCGGCGAUUGCGGCGGCCGCCGCCGCUGCGAAGAACCCGCUGCUGGCGAGUAACCCGCUUCUCGCGGCGCAGGUGGCCGCAGUCGGCGGGUCGAACGCGGCCUCCGCCGCUGUCACGAAAGCCGCGUUACUGGCCGCAGCGGCUAACAGCGCGCGGCUGGGAGCGGUGAACCCUGGGCUUGCCAUGGCGCUGGCUAUGGCGGCGGCGAAACAGGCGGAAGCGGCGAGGGCGGAAGGGUUGCCUGCUGACGGGGAGAAAGACAAGAAGGCGGAUGAUCGCGCGGGGGAGAAGCGGCGGAGGUCCCGCUCCCGCUCCCGCUCCCCCUACUUCCGCCGCGGUCGCGGCAGGUCGCUCUCCCGCUCCCCCCCCCGCCGCCGCCGAUCGAAAUCCCCCCCCGCGGGGGACAAGAAGCCCGGGUCCGCGUCGCCCACACGUUCCUGGAUGCGCGAUCGCGACGUGCCCAUGCGAAGCAGGAGCCCGUCGCCCAGGGGUCGCAGACGACGGUCGCGGUCGUGGUCGCGGUCGCCUGUGCGACGCAGACGUGGGGGUUCGCGGUCGCGAUCGCGGUCGCCGUAUGGGCGGGGGAGGUUUGGCGGGUGGCGCGGGCGCGGGAGGGAGGUCAGUCCGGAGCAGCCCACCAGUACCGUGCUGAUUCGGGGCAUCGCGCCGUGGGCUGUUGAAGCGGAUAUCUUUGCGCUGCUGGGCGAGUGGGGGCCGUUGAAGGAGGUGCGCCUCAUCAAGGAGCGGGCCACGGGGUUCAACAAGGGCUUCUGCUUUGUCGACCUUGAGACGGUGGUCGCUUGGCUCUCAGGCGAUGCGUCCAAGACGUGUUUCUCGGUUGUCUCCUGAUUGGAAGAACUUCGUUUUGCUAGAGAUUGGCGGCGAAGGCGCUUGACAACCUUUUCUUACCUCUUCCCUUGUUUUGUGCACACCCUUGGUGGCACCCGUGGUCCCUCCCUUUGUGCACGCAUGCACAUUCCCCUCCCCUGUCCCUCUCCCCUAGCUUUUAAGCAAACUAAGCUCGGGAGCCGGUCUGUCAUGAAGCUCUUUUUGUAUUGUCUCUGCAGGCUGCAGGCUAAGACUCCGUACUCGUGCUUUGAGGCGCCUCAAACCCUGGAUUUUUUGGCUCCGACGGGCUCCUGCUUCCCUCGUCUCAGUUCUUCUCUCUCUCACGCUGUCCUUCCGUCCCUGUUAUCCCAUGCCCCCCUGACACCGCUCCUUCUCUCCCUGCCGUCGCCCCCGCCCCCUUCCUCCUCCACUCUCUGCCCCUUCCUUUCCUGUGCGUCCCCCAUCCCACCAAUCGAGCCUCCGCCUCCUCUCCCCGCCCUCGUCCUCCCCUUUCCUCCUUUCUCAUCCUUCCCUUUUUUUCCCCUGCCUUCCCCGCCCCCCCUCCCCUCCGCUUCCCCUCCCCCUGCUCCCUCGUCCCCUACCCUCCUCCUCUUCCCAGGAUGCGGCAAAGGCGCUGGUGGAGGGUGGGAGGGCGAAGGAGCUAAAGAUGGAUGACCGCUUGCUGUUGUUCCACUACAGGUGGAGAUUAAAGGGCACUUGUUAACCGCACCGCACUAUGACGGUCUGGGUUGUGAGCGAAGUGGACCGUUUAAUUGCUCUGUACUGCAGAUGAUUGCUGCUGAUAGAUGCUUUCACACAGCUGUUCUUUUAGUCCUGCGGCGGCCCAAGACCGUGCCUCGGACGUCGGGGGAACGGGAGGGCGAAGAGGGAAGAGGCCUGAAAUCCGGUGUGGAGAUCCGGUGUCCCUAAAUUUCUGCCUAAGGUUUGAGGAGUACCUGUGCGGGAGGCUUGGGAGACCUGUGGAGGGGCCUCGAGACACUUGGUGUGCGAGGGAGGCAGGAGACGCAGCUUCAAUCAGCUGCUGAGCAAACACCCUUCCGUUAACUCCCUCCCCCAUUCAUCUGCACAUUGCCCUCCCAGAUUGGCUCACAUAUCGCUCGUCCCAGAAAUUGCUGCCACUCGUCUGCUACUCUUCUCUCAAUACUUGAUUUUCACUCCCAUGCACACUUGUCUCACUCAUUAUUCCACCUUUUCCGCUCUUCCCCUUCCCCUCCCCCCUUCCCCCCCCCCUGCAUCUCUCCACUUUCCUUUCUUCUUGUUGCCUUCUCUGCUGGCCUGCGUCCCUCUCUUUCCUCUCCGACUGGUCCUCUUCCCCCAC